AUGCAUCAGCUCCAUGGCUUCACAGGCUCUUCGGCAGUAUGGAAACGCAAUAUUCCCGGUUUGGCAAAGACAUAUAGGGUCGUAGCUCCUGAUCUUCGGGGGCAUGGAGAAAGCGAUAAGCCUAGGCACGGCUAUCACGUCUUGAGGCUGGCCCAGGAUCUGCACGAGCUGGUGAACUGGAUAACUGCCAAAGAAGGAAGAGAAUCUUGGGAUGAUGAGAAAGGACAGAUGAGACGAUGGAAGGCGAUUGGAGGGAGUUUGGGUUGUUCGAUUUUGUGGGCGUAUGCCUCUCUCUUCACCACUUAUCCCUUCACUCACAUGAUCUUCAUCGACCAAUCGCCCCUCCAGAACAGCGAUCUUUCUGGCUGGGACUCCCAAUUCUGCAACCGAGGCAUGAACUCAGCACCCGCAGUGUCCGCCCUGCAAGCCACGCUCGCCCUAUCUCCCUCCACGGCGCACAAAGGCACCAUAUCCGCCUGUCUGUCCUACCGCUCGCACCCGCUAAGCUCCGACACCGUGUCAGCUGAAGAAGCCGCGUCUGACGAGGCCUUCUUUCUCGGAGAAGCAAUGAAGGGCGACCCGUGGUGGUAUGGGAAAUUGAUGGCUGAUCACACGGCGCUUGAUUGGCGAGAUGAUAUACGUGCUACGUUUGGCAAGGAGAGCGACAGUACCACAAAGGUGUUGGUGCUGGCGAGUAGUAGAAGCGGAUGUUUCCCUGCUGCCGGACCGAUGGCGGUUGUCGAUCUGGUGAAUGGGGGGUCUGAGGAGAAGAGGGCGCAGGGUCUGAUUGUUGAAUGGGGAGGGCAUUGGCUGUAUUGGGAGAAUCCAGUCAAGUUUGAAAAGAUUGUUCUGGACUUUUUUGCGGAUAAGGAAGUGAUGGAUGUUUAA